AUGGCCGACAGCUCAGACCCUCCCAAGACAGAUGGCUUGCCUCAGGGUGCGAAAUAUGAGGCUCCCAAGCCCCCAAAACAAAAUCCCGCUCUUCGGAUGAUGGGGAUGCCCAACCUCCGACUGAGAUUGCCUUCGCGGAAUUGGAUGAUCUUCCUGACCAUCGUCGGCUCCUGGACUGCAGCUGUUGUCUACGACAGAAGGGAAAAGAAGAAAGCUCAAAAGAAAUGGUGCGACUUGGUCGCCCAUAUCGCCCAAGAGCCUCUUCCAGCCAACCAGAUGCCCCGCAAGUUGACUGUCUUUCUGUCUGCUCCUCCAGGUGACGGCAUUAGACCUUCACGACAGUAUUUCAAAGACUACGUCAAACCCGUAUUAGUCGCUGCGGCAAUCGAUUACGACGUGAUCGAAGGUCGGAAGGAAGGGGACGUCCGAUAUGGAACAGCAGAACAAAUACGCAGGCUACGGCGGAAAAAAGGCGAAAAGGGGCCUAACUCAACGGAGCCAGAGAUGGAUACCGAAGCAGCGAUAGAUAUGAUUCGGGAUAAGAUGCAGAUUGUGCCAGAGCCUGGAGUGCGCGGCGAUCUAGUCCUUGGAAGACACACUUGGAAAGAAUACAUAAGAGGACUUCAUGAGGGCUGGCUAGGGCCAGUAGACGAACCUCCACCACCGCCUGAACCUCUCUCCACCCCCGAACUUGAACCCUUGUCUCCACAUCCUCCCAUCGCAGUUCAAACAGAUAAUUCCCCGGAAGCCACAGAAAGCCCCGAGAUGUCCAAACCCGACUCCGAAAAGAAAGCAAGUGAGGAAGAGAAGAAAGAGGAGGAAAAGAAAAAGCCAUACCCGCCACCGGCAUACCUCUCUGUCGAAAAAUACCCAUCCGCCAGCUUAUCGCCCCAUACUCCAAGCAUAUUGGAACCGUCCCAACCAAUCCACCAACAGCAUCUCUUAGGCUUCCUCAAGACUCCUCAGAGGAUAUACAACUUCCUCACACGUCGAUAUCUGGCGGAUCAAAUUGGUCGCGAGACAGCAGCCAUUGUCCUUGCCGCAAGCAGACCGUACGAGCAAAAUCCUUCAUCGACCACAGCAUUCUCCGCGGAUCAAUCAGAUCUUGACGCGGACCCUGUGGCUACCAGAUCACCUGAAUCCGACGCCUCUUCCUCCUUCCCACAGAACCAGACAGCGUGGGAACAGCAAUCACUCCUGAUCCAAGAAGAACCGAAAUGGCACAAAUCCGUGCGCAAACCCCGCAAGGAGAACGAUGACGAGUUCUACGAGCCCAUCUGGACCCGUGACAUGGUUCUUGACGAAAGGAUAGGUUCGCGGAUGAGAAAGUUCCAGCUGGAUCCGGAGGAGGCGGCGAGAGCGGAGAGGAUCGGUCGGGGCCAGGAGAAGGCGAGGGUGAGGGAGGUGGUGGAUUUGAGGAACGAGAAAGUCAUUAUCGGCAACUUGGACGAUGAUUGA